CAAGACGGGUGCAGUUCAACCAACCACUCAACUGGAAUUUCCCAGGGAAACCAGCAUGACAUUCGUUUUUUUCUGAGCAACCAAAGUGGAAUGUAAUCUUUGCUGACCAAAAGAGUACCAUGGACGGUGAAAAAGGGGGCAGGAGGGGCAAGCUAAGAGGCUCUCCUCAUCUCAGAUUCCUGUCGAACCCAUUGAUGGGGGAUAUCAUGUCUGAUUGGUCUCCUUUGCAUGAUGCUGCAAUCCAUGGACGUCUGUUGACCCUGAGGAACCUUAUCAACCAGGGAUGGCCUGUAAACAUCAUUACAGCAGACCAUGUAUCUCCACUCCACGAAGCAUGCCUUAGGGGUCAUCUUUCUUGUGCAAAUGUUUUACUAAGUCAUGGGGCUCAGGUGAAUGGCAUGACUAUCGAUUGGCGAACUCCCUUGUAUAAUGCUUGCAUUAAUGGCAGUCAGGAAUGUGUAAAUUUGCUGCUUCAGUAUGGAGCCACUCUCCACCCUGAGAGUGAUUUGGCCUCUCCCAUCCACGAGGCGGCUAAGCGAGGCCAUGUUAAGUGCAUAGAGUCCCUUGCAGCUUAUGGAGCCGAUAUUGAUUACUACAUCAGCCACCUGGGAACUCCCCUGUACGUGGCUUGUAAAAAUCAGCAGUUAGACUGUGCCAAGAAACUUCUUCAGUUAGGAGCAUCUGUGGAUCAAGGCAAAGGCUUGGACUCUCCUCUCCAUGUGGUGGCUAGGUUGUUCAGUGGGGAGCUUGUGCACCUGCUCAUGGACUUUGGAGCAAAUGCUUACGCUAAGAACGCUGAAGGCAAACGUCCUGUGGAGCUGGUGCCUCUGGGGAGUCCUCUGUUCGAGAGCUUCUUGGAGAGAGAAGGACCCCCGUCUCUGAUGCAAUUAUGCCGCCUGAGAAUCCGGAAAUGCUUUGGCAUUCGGCAGCAUCAUAAGAUUUGUGGACUCCUGAUUCCAGAAGACCUGAAGCACUUCAUUUUACACCUUUAAUUGUGCAUGGAGUGGAUCCACAAACAACUGAAAAAUGCUGUUGAAACUUCUACCGCUGAAGUUUCAGAUAAAUUUGUUUAUAAUGUUUGUCUAGUGUUUUCUUUUUAGUUCUUUUUUUUCAGUAAGACCUUUAAUUUCAAUAAGUGCACAGCAGGUACAUUCUAUUAUUGGUUAGAGAAUGUGAAGACUGCCUGUCUUCUGCUUAAACAUGACUGUCUAAAAAUAGCUAUUGGUUUUGAAGAUGUUGUAUAUGCCAGUCACUAAGCAAGGAGCACUUUGUAUUUCACCUAGUUGAACCUUCACAGCAAACUGCCCAGGUGAGUACUAUUUACUACCUCAGGUAAUACUCCGAAGCCCAGACUGAUCAAUAUAUCUAAUUAACCAUAUCAAGGACAGAGGAGCCAGACACAAAUGUAAAUUAUCGGUUGUUAACUUGGUCAGUUUCAGCUAAGACAGAAUUUUCUGUUAUUAUGGUCCUGGCUCGAUCUCUAUGACAUGGAAAAGGAGACAACGAUGGACAAUGUUUCUUUGCUUGUGUCUAUGCUGUUAACCUUUUGUCACUGUAUGGCAUGAUUGUGGCUGCAUUAGAUAGUAGAUUUACUAAGGGGAUUUGUACUACUGGGAAUUCUCAGUUGUGCAUGAUCUGGCAUCUAGCUGGUUGGAGACUAGGGUUUUCCUAACAAUUAUAUGCUCACAGAAUAGCUUCUCAACCACAACACAGCAUUAUCCAGGUCAAUAUGCAGAAACUUGCAUUGGACAGGAAGUCUUCCUGAGAUCGUCAGUUAACACAUUUUAACUGCUUUUCACUUUCAAAUUUAUGAGAAACCUAAGGUGCAGUUUAGUGUGGAUGGCUGUAGUUCUGUCUGGAAGAGAUGAACUUGAAGUUCCAUUAUACCAUUAUAAGGAAAGAAAAUAUUGUAACUAUUUAAGGAAAAUCGUUACGUAUGAGAUCACCUAUGGCCUUAAAUGACCCCCAAAUUAACUUGCUGUAUGAAAAAGUAUAGAAAACUGUUCUAAAAUUUCCAACAAGUUCUUCCAGAAGAUGGCACUAUUGCCACAUACAUGUUCAAGCAAAAGCUUUGCUGCUCAUAAAUGACCAGCCACAAAAUGGUUGCAUCUAUGUAUGUGGACCUAUCUGCAUUGCCCCCGUGGCACGCCUGGGUUGGCUACCCAGAGGCUAUUUAAGCUGUGGGCUGGCCUGGCUUUCCCCGGGGUCCGAGGAUUGUUCAAUGUUCCUGAAUAAACUGCAUUGAAAAAAAAAAAAAAAAAAAAAA